CUUCCGAUAAGACAGACCCCAUAAAGUCUCCAUUAUCAAUCGUCGCCUCUGUCUCCCCUCCAUCCCUGUCCGUUUUGACUUCCAUCUCUUCCCAAAGACUCGAGAUAUCUUCAGAUCCCGUUCACCAUCUGUCAUGGCUUCUCGACCAGGGCCCGCAGCUAGGGGUGGUGUGACCGGCCGCUUCGCGCAGUUUAAGUUAGUACUAUUAGGAGAAUCUGCGGUUGGAAAGAGCUCCAUAGUCUUGAGAUUUGUGAAGGAUCAAUUCGACUCGUAUCGCGAAUCCACCAUCGGCGCUGCUUUCCUAACACAAACCAUUUCCUUAGAUGAGAACACUACUGUUAAGUUUGAGAUCUGGGAUACUGCCGGCCAGGAGCGGUACAAGUCCCUUGCGCCCAUGUACUACCGUAAUGCGAACUGCGCCGUCGUUGUCUAUGAUAUCACCCAAUCCGCAUCCCUCGAUAAGGCAAAGGCUUGGGUAAAGGAAUUGCAAAGACAAGCGAACGAGAACAUUAUCAUUGCCCUUGCCGGAAACAAACUGGAUUUAGUUAGCGAACAACCCGAUAAGCGAGCCGUCUCGACUGCUGAUGCUGAGGCCUACGCAAACGAGGCAGGAUUAUUGUUCUUCGAAACUUCGGCUAAGACUGCAGAGAAUGUCCGGGAACUAUUUACCGCCAUCGCGAAGAAGUUGCCGCUCGAUCAAGUCGGUCCCCGACAUACCAGACCUGGACAGCGACCGGGAGGCGUUAGCUUGGCUCCGGAGGGUGCAAAUACACAAUCAGGAGGGCCUUGCGCAUGUUAGAGGCAGUUCUGGGAGCUACUGGAUACUACCGAGACCUGGUACAGCGAAUUCUAUCGUAGCCUGCUG